UACAUCUUUCGUACAUAUCUCAAUUCCUCUGCUUUUGGUCACCCAGUUCCCAUCUCAAAAAUAAUAUUCAUUCAUUCAUUCAAGAAAAACAAAAACCAUUUGACCCUUUGCUUUGAUCUUCAAGCAGACAAAGUCCCAGACUUUUACUUUUUCUUUUUCUUUUUUUUUUUUGAGUUGAUGGAGUUGAAGAACAGAGCUCUUUACUGUUUUUCCUGUGCAGUUGCUGUGUUGUUGUGCAGCUCUGUGGUGUUUGCAGGUGAUAUAGUUCACCAAGAUGAUAUUGCUCCGAAGAGGCCUGGUUGUGACAAUAAUUUUGUGCUGGUUAAAGUACCUGUUUGGGUGGAUGGUAAAGAAAUAAUGGAGUUUGUGGGUGUUGGUGCACGAUUUGGCCCUACCUUGGAAUCUAAAGAGAAGCGUGCCAACCAAACUAAAGUUGCUCUUGCCGACCCGCCUGAUUGUUGCAGUAAACCAAGAAAUAAGCUGACAGGCGAGGUUAUCUUGGUGCAACGGGGCAAUUGCAGUUUCGUAACAAAAGGAAAUGUUGCUGAAGCUGCUGGUGCUUCAGCUUUACUUAUCAUAAACAACCAGACAGAACUCUUCAAGAUGGUGUGUGAAGCAAAUGAAACUGAUGUCAAUAUUCACAUACCUGUUGUCAUGCUCCCACAAGAUGCUGGCGCAAGCUUGAAGCAACUUAUGACGAACAGUUCACAUGUUUCCAUUCAGAUGUACUCUCCCCGGCGCCCACAGGUUGAUGUGGCUGAAGUGUUCUUAUGGCUGAUGGCCGUUGGUACCAUUUUAUGCGCAGCUUAUUGGUCUGCAUGGAGUGCCAGAGAAGCAGCUAUAGAACAGGACAAGCUCUUGAAGGAUGGUUCUGAUGAAUACCUCAGCAAGGAUAACUAUUCUUCCAGCGGUGUUGUGGAUAUCAACACUACCUCCGCAAUUUUCUUUGUUGUGAUUGCAUCCUGCUUCUUGGUUCUGCUGUACAAGUUGAUGUCUUACUGGUUCAUUGAGAUUCUAGUGGUUGUGUUUUGCAUUGGCGGGGUGGAGGGUUUGCAAACUUGUCUAGUGGCUCUCUUAUCUUGUUUCAGAUGGUUCGAACACGCUGCAGAGUCAUUUAUUAAGGUGCCGUUUGUAGGAGCUGUAUCAUACCUGACGCUCUUUGUUUCUCCGUUCUGCAUAGCGUUUGCUGUUUUAUGGGCAGUUUUUCGCAGUGUCAACUUUGCUUGGAUCGGUCAAGAUAUACUUGGCAUUGCACUGAUAAUCACUGUUCUCCAGAUUGUACGAGUUCCCAAUCUGAAGGUGGGAACAGUGCUACUAAGUUGUGCAUUCUUGUACGAUAUUUUUUGGGUCUUCGUCUCCAAAUGGUGGUUCCAUAAGAGCGUGAUGAUAGUGGUCGCUCGUGGUGACGGAAGUGGAGAAGAUGGCAUUCCGAUGCUAUUGAAAAUCCCUCGGAUGUUUGAUCCUUGGGGUGGAUACAGCAUCAUUGGGUUUGGCGAUAUCAUCUUGCCAGGACUUCUAGUAGCAUUUUCCCUAAGGUACGAUUGGCUGUCCAAGAAACGGCUAAAAGAGGGAUAUUUUCUAUGGGCUAUGCUUGCUUAUGGUUUAGGUCUUCUGAUUACGUAUGUGGCUCUGAACUUGAUGGAUGGACAUGGCCAGCCAGCUUUGCUCUACAUUGUCCCCUUUACACUAGGCACCUUGAUAACGUUGGGAAAGAAGAGAGGCGAUCUAAAGCAUCUGUGGACUCGAGGGGAGCCGGAUCGACCUUGUCCUCAUGUCCAACUCCAGCAGGACGACCAAUGACAGGUCCACUCUAAUGUACUUUAAUUUCUUACACGGGUAGGGCACAAUUUCCUCGGACAUUACUACGUAUGUAAAGUAGAAGAAAAUACACACUGAGAACGUAGCUUUGCAGAAUGUCUAGCUUGGUCUCUAACUUCUUGAUACAGUCUGUCUGGUUUGUAACUUGAGAAAGAGCCACUUGAGAUUUGUUAACUUCAGUUUUCUGUUGCAA